GGACCAUCCCCCAGGAGCGGCCGGGGUGCCGGGGUCCCGGAGGGACCGGGACCAUCCCCCAGGAGCGGCCGGGGUGCCGGGGUCCCGGAGGAGCCGCGGCCGUGCCCCGGGCGCGUCCCGGCGGGGCCGGGCGCGGAGCCCCCCGCGCUGCCCGGCUCCCGGAGCCCCGCGGCGCGCAGGGCGGGCUCGCAGCAGCUGAUCCCCCGCAGCCUGGCCGAGAGCCGGCCCGCGGGCCCCGAGCGCGGCCCCAGGGUGCGCAGCCUGCUGGAGACCCCCCGGCCGGCCCCGGGCAGCGACCCCGAGGACGAGCCCGAGGGCGGCCCGGGCGCGCUGCGGCGCGGGCUGCGCUCCACGUCCUACCGCCGGGCCGUGGUCAGCGGCGUGGACCUGGACGGCUCCGCAGACUGCAAGAAGAAAAACAGAAUGUCCCAGCCCAUCCUGAAAGCGGUGGUUGAAGAUAAGGAGAAGUUCUCCAGCCUGGGGAGGAUAAAGAAGAUGCUGAAAGGACAAGGGACGUUCGAUGGAGAAGAAAAUGCUGUAUUAUAUCAGAACUAUAAGGAAAAAGCUCUGGACAUAGAUUCUGAUGAAGAGUCAGAGCCCCAAGAGCAGAAGCUGGAUGACAAGGUUGUUUUUCACUAUAAGCCCCUGAGGUCGACGUGGAGCCAGCUCUCCGUGGUGAAGAAGAAUGGCCUGUCAGAAGGCAUCAGCCAGGAGGAAAGGAAGAGACAGGAGGCAAUAUUUGAGGUGAUAUCUUCUGAGCACUCCUAUUUGCUGAGCUUGGAGAUUCUGAUCCGGAUGUUUAAAAAUUCCAGGGAGCUGAGCCUCACAAUGACCAAAACAGAGAGCCACCACCUCUUCUCCAACAUCACAGAUGUUUAUGAAGCAAGCAAAAAGUUCUUUGAAGAGCUCGAGGCGAGGCACCAGAACAACAUUUUCAUCGACGACAUCAGCGACAUCGUGGCGAGGCACGCGGGCUGCACCUUCGACCCCUACGUGAAGUACUGCAGCAACGAGGUGUACCAGCAACGCACCCUGCAGAGGCUGCUAGCCACAAACCCAGCGUUUAAGGAGGUGUUGUCCCGGAUCGAGUCCCACGAGGAUUGCCGGAACUUGCCCAUGAUCUCCUUCCUCAUCCUCCCCAUGCAGAGGGUCACUCGCCUCCCCUUACUGAUGGAUACUAUUUGCCAGAAAACCCCCAAAGAUUCAGCAAAAUACGAGAACUGCAAGCAGGCUCUGAAAGAAGUCAGCAAGCUCGUGCGUCUGUGCAACGAGGGCGCCCGCAAGAUGGAGAGGACGGAGAUGAUGUACACGAUCAACUCCCAGCUGGAAUUUAAAAUCAAGCCAUUUCCAUUGGUUUCCUCUUCACGGUGGUUGGUGAAAAGGGGUGAAUUAACAGCUUAUGUAGAAGACACUGGACUUUUUUCCAAAAGAACCUCUAAGCAGCAGCUGUACUUCUUCCUCUUCAAUGAUGUCCUCAUCAUCACCAAGAAGAAGAGUGAGGAGAGUUACAACGUCACCGAGUACUCGCUGCGGGAGCAGCUGCUGGUGCUGCCCUGCGAGGAGGAGCCCGGCUCCUCUCCCGCCAGGAGCGCGGCCGGGAUGCUCCAGCGCAGCUCUGCCUCGCACCUCUUCAGGCUCCUGCUGCUCUGCAACCACGCCGGGGACCGGGGGGAGAUGCUCCUGGGAGCAGAGACUCAGAGUGACAGAGCCCGCUGGAUCACGGCGCUGGGCCAGGACGGCGACGGGCACCACACGGACAGGACCACACUGGCUCAGGUGGAGAUCAUCAGAACGUACACAGCCAAGCAGGCCGAUGAGCUGUCUCUCCAAGUCGCUGAUGUCGUUUUGGUUUAUCAGAAAGUGAAUGAUGGCUGGUACGAGGGGGAGCGGCUGCGGGACGGCCAGAGGGGCUGGUUCCCCUCGGAGUGCGCCAGGGAGAUCACCUGCAGGGCCACGCUGGACAAGAACAUGGAGCGCAUGGGGCGCCUGCUGGGGCUGGAGACCAACGUGUGA